UUAUUUCUAGUCAUAUUUUUCAAGGGCGAAAAUGAGGUUUUGUUGGAUAGCGAGGGUAUGAAAUUUAUGUUUUGGGUGGGAAACGAGGAACAUGAUUUCACAUGCUAUGUUGAAUAAUGAAUAUCACAUUCACGCACUUGCUAUAUUAAUAUGAAGCUGGAAUUCCCGAUCAUUCUUCACAAUUACGGCUUAGAUUGUGUGUGAGUGUGACCACCUGAUAGCGCCAACGAAAAGAGAGGCUACACCAUUGAUGGCAGGGCUUGCUGUAGCUGCUGCUGCUUAUGCUGGCAGAUACGGGAUCCAAGCCUGGCAAGCAUUCAAAGCAAGGCCACCAAGUUUGCGUAAAUUUUAUGAAGGUGGUUUCCAACCAACCAUGACUAGAAGGGAAGCCGCUCUUAUACUGGGGGUCAGGGAGAGAACUCCAACGGAGAAGAUUAAGGAAGCGCAUAGGAGGGUGAUGGUUGCAAACCAUCCAGAUGCUGGUGGUAGCCAUUACCUUGCAUCGAAAAUUAAUGAAGCAAAAGAUGUGUUACUUGGCAAGACCAAGGGAGGUGGGUCUGCAUUUUGAAGCUCGAUUCUUCCCAUCUACUUAACCUCUACCUUGACAGUGUUGAUAAUGUCCUUCGCCACAAUUCAGCGUAAAUUAUUUUGGUCUCCGAGCAAUCAUUUUUUCAACCUUAUCAUAUGAAGCGAUAAAAUGUGACGUAAAAUAUUUUUUUUUCUUUCUUUUCCUGAUGAGGAAGCUUUGUAGUACUGGGAUGUUUCCCUGAGUUGAAGAGACUGUUGAUUUAAGUUA